AUACAUCCCCUUUUAUCCAUUUUGAUGACAAGUAUUUUCGGACGGAGGGAGUACCCAUGUGUGCAAUUUAUACAGAGUUGCUACAGCCUUGCCAUCUUAGCAAGUAUAUGAUUGUGCUUUCACCUCCUCCAGUGCAAAAAACAUUUCUGUUAUAAAUUUAUGAUAGAAGAAAUGCACUGUGAGCAAAUCGGCAAUAACAUAAACGCAUAGCGAGCUAAACAUCCUUUUCAGGUGAUAUGCUCUUUUCAGACAGUUGUUCUUGCAAAGCUAGGGGCGCAAACGAGGGCAUGACUGCACAUUUAAAUGCAUAACUGGCAAGCUUCUAUAAUUGCAAAGACCAGAACGAAUAUGUGAGUCCACCCACAGAGUUUGACCUCACAUUUUUAAGAAACAAACACAAGGUCCCUUUGUACAUCCAGUCAGGGUCUAAUGAUGUUAACCCAAAAGAAAAGAAAUUGUGUCCUGCUUAAUGAGCUGAUCUGUCCCUGUUUUUAACCUGUCCAGUUAGAGUUUACAUGGUCAAACAUGCAAGUCCAAUGGGAAGACCAUGGAAUUUCCUGCACCACUGAUGUUAACAUUUAAGUGUAAUCUCAUAUGUGUACGGUCAAAAGAUAGGUUCGUUUCAAAAAAACCAUCUAAGCAUACAUACCAAAACCAGAACAAGGGGUUUGUUCUAAUCAUAAACAUAUGUAAUCCAACUAAAAUAGUACCAGCAGCCAGCACAUUCAAACAAGAAAACCCAGCAGUCACACCUAAAAGAAAAAGUAAAUGUCUAUUAUAAUUUGCUGAGAAAGGCUAGUCCGACAUAGUCCAGAUGAUAACAACCACAACCCAACAUUUUCAAACUUCCUAAAUAUCUCUUCUUGACUCCUUCCAAGGUUCCCACUUCCCCAUUAGUUCCCUGUGGGAAAAGCACCGCAAAUAAAUGCUUCACUGGCUCUGCCUCUCCCAGGAGUUCUGAUUUGCAUUGUCCAAAGAUAACUCAUCCAUUGCUUUGCUUCCAUUAUCUCAGUUCCAUAGUUCGCUACAGCAAUGGAUCCCCUUCCCAUACACACAAUCAUCUGCCUUGUUUGUUGGUCAUUUGGUUUAUUGCCAUUUUAUGUAUCAUCCAGUAGCCGCCUUCUUCCCAACAAGCCGCUUUCCGCUGGUAGCACCAUCACCUCCGACGAUGGCACUUUUGCCCUGGGAUUUUUCUCCCUGUCCAGCUCCAGCACAAAAUAUUACUACGUCGGCAUAUGGUACAGGAACAUACCCGAAGACAACAUUGUGUGGGUUGCCAACCGUGCUAUGCCGAUAACUGAUCCUUCUUCUGCAACACUCGCCUUCACAAGCGGAUCCGAUCUCGCCUUGUCAGACACCAGUGGCCAGCUUCUCUGGACGACAAACAUCAGCGCUGCAAGGAAUUCAUCGUCAGAGGCAACUGGUGGAGAAGCCACGCUUGAUAACAAUGGGAAUUUUAUUCUUCGGUCAUCACAUGGCACCAUCUUAUGGCAAAGCUUCGAUUACCCGACCGACACUCUCCUUCCAGGUAUGAACCUCAGGAUCACCCACAAGACGCAUGCACUACAACAGCUCAUCUCUUGGAGAAACCCCCAAGACCCAUCCCCGGGCAACUUCUCAUAUGGUGCAGACCCUGAUGAGUUUCGGCAGCGUAUUACAUGGAAUGGCUCAGCACCAUACCGGCGAAGUCUGGUAUGGAAUAACAAUUUGGUAGUAGGGAAGUAUGUUGAGAGUAUCAAGUCCACAAUUUACUAUACACUGCAAACUAUUGGUGAUGAGAUCUACGCUUCCUUUGGACUACCAGUACCUAGUGUCUCACUAGUGCUAAUGAAGAUUGACUACUCAGGCAAGAUAAAGACACAAAUCUGGAAUAGCAACAGCUCCAAAUGGACUGACCAGUAUUCAGGACCUAACCAGGAAUGCAACAAAUUUGGUUACUGUGGUCCAUUUGGUUACUGUGACAACACACAGCCUAUUGUGACAUGCAAGUGUCUUGAUGGCUUUGAGCCAAACAACAAACAAGACUGGACGACCCGCAGGUUUUCACAGGGAUGCCACCGGAUGGAAGCACUAAGAUGUGGUCAAGGGGAUGGCUUCUUAAAUAUGUCAACCAUGAAGAUUCCCGACCAGUUCUUGUAUGUCAAGAAUAAAAGCUUAGAUGAAUGCAUAGCAGAAUGCACAAGCAACUGCUCGUGUACGGCAUAUACUUACACCACUAUGAGAACUAAUGCUAUCGAUGAGGAUGAUACUAGGUGCCUAUUAUGGAUAGGAGAUUUGAUUGACACGGAGAAGUUCAUUGGACAAGGGGAAAACCUCUAUAUCCGAGUUAGUGGAUUGAGUGGCAAACAAAGAAACAAGAAAAUUUGGAAGAAGCUGAUGUCAGUAACUUCAAGCACUUCUACUGAACUUCGUGAUGGAAACUUAAAGUAUCCUUUUAUUAACUUCAAAGAAAUUGUACUUGCAACAAACAAUUUCUCUAACUCCAACAUGCUUGGACAUGGAGGUUUUGGCAAUGUUUACAAGGCGACAUUAGAAGAUGGUACAGAAUUUGCUGUGAAAAGGCUUAGUAAGGGUUCUGGACAGGGGGAACUGGAGUUCAGAAAUGAAGUAAUACUCAUUGCGAAGUUGCAGCACAAAAACUUGGUUAGACUUCUCGGUUUCUGCAUCCACGGAGAUGAGAAACUAUUGAUAUAUGAAUACUUACCUAACAAAAGUCUGGACGCCAUGCUUUUUGAUGCCACAAGAAAAUCAAUGCUUGAUUGGCCAAUAAGAUUCGAGAUAACCAAAGGGGUAGCUAGAGGACUUCUUUAUCUUCAUCAAGAUUCAAGAUUGAAGAUAAUUCACAGGGAUCUCAAAGCAAGCAACAUAUUAUUAGAUGCCGAAAUGAGCCCUAAGAUAUCUGACUUUGGUAUGGCAAGGAUAUUUGGCGGCAAUCAGCAGCAAGAAAAUACCAACCGCGUAGUUGGCACAUAUGGUUACAUGCCGCCUGAAUAUGUUUUGAAAGGAGUGUUUUCUGUCAAGUCUGACGUAUAUAGCUUUGGAGUUUUACUACUGGAGAUUGUGAGUGGCUCAAAGAUCAGCUCGGUGCACCUAAAAGCAGACUUCUCCAGCAUUAUAGCCUAUGCAUGGAGCUUAUGGAAGAAUGGGAACACAAAGGAUUUUGUUGACUCGUCAAUUGUGGACAGCUGUUCACUUAAUGAAACUAUACGGUGCGUCCAUAUCGGUCUCUUGUGUGUUCAAGGCAGCCCAAAUGCGCGGCCUCUCGUGUCGUCAAUCAUGUCCUUUCUGGAGAAUGGAGAUAUAUCACUUCCACCUCCAAAAGAGCCUAUGUAUUUUGCAGAAGAUAACCAUGGUGCUGAUGGAGCAGCAGAAAAUACUGUGAAUUCUAGAAAUAACAUGAGCAUUACAGCACUAGAGGGACGCUAG